GUUGGUGUGGGGAGGGGAGGGGAGGGGAGGUGGAGGGUGAUCUGUUCAAACUGAUGGAAAAACCGGGCUCUCUGUGUCCGGCCGGGCUGGGGACGCCGGAGGCCGUUCAGAACAGAAAGAGUUUCUCGGUCAGUCAUCUGCUGGAUCUGGGAGAGGCGCCGGGCAUGAACGGCUGCCCGGAGCCGGCCAGGGGGGCGAGGGAGAGCGGCCGGAGGACGAGAGAUCAGCCCGGGCUCGGCGGCGGAGGCGAGGCGGCUCGGCAGAACGUGGUGCGACGCAUUCUAAACGCAGAUCUCCAGAAAGAGAGGAAGAAGCAGAGGAGGAACAGGACCACGUUUAACAGUUCACAACUCCAGGCACUGGAGAGGGUCUUCGAGCGAACGCAUUAUCCGGAUGCAUUUGUCCGGGAGGAGCUGGCCAGGAGAGUCAACCUGAGCGAGGCGAGAGUGCAGGUCUGGUUUCAGAAUCGGCGAGCCAAGUUUCGGCGGAACGAACGCGCCUCGUUGGCCAGCAGGACGGUGUCGCUCCUCAAAUCCUACGGCACGGAAGCUGCCGUCGAGCAGCCGGUCGCCCCCCGGCAACCUUCCCUGGGCGCAGAGUUUCUCUCGUGGUCGGGCAACUCUUCCUACAGCCCGUUGCCAUCUUACACUUCGAACGGAUCGAGCGGCAGCAGUCCAGGAGUGACCAUGGCGAACAGCAUUGCCAAUCUACGGCUGAAGGCCAAGGAGUUCAGCCUCCAGAGGAGCCACGUCACCCCCAUCAACUGAUCCCGGGCUGGCCUGGGACAAAGGCAAGUGCUGGGGACAUUCUGACAUGGGACACGUUCUAACCCAGGUCAGUGUGCUCGGCACACUCUCUCAUCCAGGAUAACGUACGGUACAUUCUGACCCGGGACAUGGAUCCAGACCAGCCUGCCCAGGACUAUCCAACCUAGGGCAACAUGCUCGCCACAUCCUGGCCCAGGAUAACCUGCUUGGAACUCCCCAACAUGAGACAAAGCACUUGGGACCCGGCUGUCCCGGGUAACGUCUGACCCUAACCUUGGCCAACGAGGCCAAGACAAACAGACCCAAGGUGAUGUGCACUCUGACUCAGGGCAACAAGCUGGCCACAACAUGACUUCAAUAUGUUCCAGCUCCAAACAAGCCAUCUACCAAGUGAUUCAGGUUGUAAGAACAAGGAACCGCAGAUGCUGUUUAAUACACAAGAGGGCACAGAGUACUGGAUAGUUCAUGGGGAACAUUGACAUCCUUGUUUUCAGGAGAGGGCUGUACCGUGGAACAGCGGUAGAGCUGCUGCCUUACAACGCCAGAUACCCGGGUUCAAUCCCGACUAUGGGUGCUGUCUGUAUGGAGUUUGCACCUUCUCUCCGCGCUUGGGUU